ACAACCGCAGACAGACAGACGGUCUCUCCGCAGAAACGGCAGCAGAGGGAACAAAGUCUCUCUCCCGCAGCCCAGAAACCAGCAACUGCCGUAGAAGUGGAGUCGAGGCGAUGUUAAACGCGAAAUGCGACCGUUUACUCUGAGGGGACAGCUAACUAUAAGGAAGAGGCUGCCGAAAGAAGUGAGUGAACUGUGACAGCAGCUGUGAGAGAUUAAGCCAAGGAUUUUGUGGUUUGCACGUGGAAAGCAUCGCUGAAACACAUCGUGAAGAGUGGAACUCAUCCUCUCCACUUUAAGUGUUUGCCACCUCUUCACUCCUGCCUGCUACAGAGAUGAGUGCCAAGUCAGCCAUCAACAAGGAAGUCUUCAUACCCCACGAUGAGAAGAUGCUUGCUGCUGUGCAGGUGAAGCGGAGGACCAAGAAGAAGAUCCCCUUUCUGGCCACUGGUGGUCAGGGAGACUACAUGACCUUCAUCUGCCUCUCAGUGACGAAUAAGAAACCUACUCACUUAUCCAUCACUAAGGUGAAGCAGUUUCAGGGAUCUUCUGCCUUCAUGAAAAGGUCACAGUGGACAAUUGACCAGCUACGGCAAGUCAAUGGCAUUGACCCCAACAAAGACUGUCCAGAGUUUGACCUGAUGUUUGAUAAUGCUUUUGACCAGUGGGUUGCUGGUUCAGCAGGAGAGAAGUGCACCUUUAUCCAGAUCCUUCACCACACCUGCCAGCGCUACAGCUCAGCACGGAAACCAGAGUUUGUCAACUGUCAGUCCAAACUGCUGGGGGGUAACAGCAUACUACACUCGGCCGCAGACAGUGUGACGAGUGCUGUACAGAAGGCCAGCCAGGCUCUGAAUGAGCGCGGUGAACGAUUAGGUCGGGCCGAGGAGAGGACUGCAGACAUGAUGAACAGUGCUGAACAGUUUGCUGUCACUGCGCACAAGCUUGCCAUGAAGCACAAGUGUUAAACCACUGCCAAAACCAACGGGGCUGGGGGGGCUCGCCAGUCGCUGUACAGAAGAAGGAUUCCAGAUUUUAUUCUUAUUAAAAAUUUGAAUAUUAUUACUAUUUGUUAACAAUGUUAACAUUUUAAUGUUUUGGGUUAUUGUAUUCUGGUGCAUCUUCUGGUCGUGACGCAUCAAGCAGAGGGGAGGAAGAGAGGUAAACAAUGCUACUUCACACUGUCAACAGAAUCUUUCAUGCUUCUGUUUGCCAAAAAUAAGUUGCAAGCCACAGCCAUGACUGUAUUUGAUAUCCGCAGUCACUCAAAGCACUUCCCCUUUUCAUGUGCUCAGACACUAAUGUGAGUGUACACAUGCCGACAAGUCAUUAUCGGCAGUCACUCCAAGACAACGAACAGCUUGUCUCGCAGAUUAUUAAUUGUUAAGAGUUAUUUAUGAGCACUGCAGUGAUUACGCAGUCUGAUUUGUGAGUGUGACCGACCGUUGUCUCAUGGGGCAGGUCUGACUUAGGAUUGGGUAGCACUAUACCACACAAAUAUAUAAAUACCUUAAGAUAGCCCAGAUUUUCUUAUCUGAUGUUUAGAUUGUAACCAUAUAAAUAUUUUGGCAACACAUGUAAGAGUUUGACAUGCCUGUGGAGAAAACAGCAUUAAAUUUACACCCGAACGUCGGUAAAUCCAAAAGUAUUCAUUUUCAAUUUAAUGUUUCCUUCUCUCAUUUGACUCUUGGACAUUGCACCCUUUUGGUCUGUUUUUCUGUCCGUGAUUUCAAAUUGUAUAAAAACAGUAUUAGUCAAAAACGUUUUCAAGAUAUUAUUUCAAACACUGCAGGUGAGAUGGAAUAGAGUGGUUUUGGUGAUAUAUAACAACAGUGAAAUAUUUAGGCCUCUGUAGACUUUCAGCCAUUCAGAAACAACUAGAACAUGGAAUACAGUUGCCAAUAUUUUUGGAAGUGCACUUGAAGAACUCGUUUUAAGAAUAAGCUUUUUCAUUACAAUAAUUUAUGUUAAAGGGGGGAAUUCAGUAAACCAGCUUCUGCAUUGUAAAAAGCAAAACAUGUAAUUCUUCUAGUACUAUCUCAAUGUCUGUAGAGCUAAUAUGUCCCAUGAACAUGGGAUGUUUUGGAAUUACUCCUGGCUGUAUUUCAUCUUUAAACAUUCAGUAGUCAUCCCUUGUGCUUUUUGUAUAAUUUGGGUUGUCAUAAUAAUCCUAAUAAUGAUGUGUGUACUGAUAGAUAAAGGACAAAUGUCUCGAAUAGCAGCAUCAGUGUGUAGUAGUUUAUUUUUUUGUGCUGGCAUCACACUGCCUGUACCUUUUGGCUUCCUCACUGGCAAAGUACCACCCUCACAAUCAAGAUGUAUCUGAUUCUUUUUAUAUUUUGAAUUUUAUAAUUCAUGAUGUUUCAAUGCACUGACAACCUUAUCUUGCAGAGCACUGUUGAGUUCAUAAUGAAACGUUCCAGUUGCCUAACUCUUAGUGUGCUUUUAUUCCUCUCUCUAACACUUUGGAUGUUUAUUGUUUUAAUAAAAAACAAUAUAAAAAAUGAAUAUAUAUUAUUCUCAGUGUCUCUUUUUAUGAAGACCACCUUCUUCAAAAUGGCAUUCCUUCAUUUUGGUGUUUAGGUGGUGGUGGUGUGCUAACAUUCUCAGUCACCUGAGGAAGAAGUGCUCUUCUGUCUUUCCUUACAUAUCACACUAACGCACGAGCACCUGCCAUCGGUUACCCAGCAAUGAACCCUCUUUCAAAGUCAAUUAGUUCUUUUCCUCUUGCCAUCUUGAUACAAAAUCAGAAUCAAAUGGGCCUGCUCAGAAUUUUUAUACGUGCCACAGUUAGUUGACAUGAUUAGAUCU